GAGGGCGUGUGUUUUUCCUCAAUCUUGACUCAGGAGUUUUUUUCCUGGGUGUUGCCUGCCUGGACCACAAGUUUAGAGUGCACUGGGUGUUGCUGUGUAGGAGAGACAACCCGACAAAGUCCUCUAAAACCCUCGUUUUAAACUUUUAGCAACGUCCUCGAGCUCCCCUAACUUAGUUGACGUUGUAAUAUUGCACGCGACGCAGAACCGGUUUAUUUUAGCCCCGUUAGCUCUUAGCUUAGCUAACUGAGUUCAAGUCCUGUUGGCUGGGAAGCUAUCGAGAGAGCCGUCCGAUGCAGGCCAUUAAGUGUGUGGUGGUGGGGGACGGGGCUGUGGGUAAAACAUGUCUCCUCAUCAGUUACACAACCAAUGCCUUCCCUGGAGAGUACAUCCCCACAGUCUUUGAUAACUACUCUGCCAAUGUGAUGGUUGAUGGGAAACCAGUGAACCUGGGCCUGUGGGAUACAGCCGGACAGGAAGACUACGACAGGCUAAGGCCUCUGUCCUACCCUCAGACAGAUGUGUUCCUUAUUUGCUUUUCACUCGUCAGUCCAGCCUCCUUCGAAAACGUCCGUGCCAAGUGGUACCCCGAGGUGAGACACCACUGCCCCAACACACCCAUCAUCCUGGUGGGCACCAAGCUGGACCUGAGAGAUGACAAGGACACCAUCGAAAAACUCAAGGAGAAGAAGCUCUCCCCUAUUAUCUACCCGCAGGGCCUGGCCAUGGCAAAGGAAAUAAGUUCAGUGAAGUAUCUGGAGUGCUCAGCUCUGACGCAGCGUGGCCUUAAGACGGUGUUUGAUGAAGCCAUCAGGGCGGUCCUGUGCCCCCCGCCUGUCAAGAAGAGGAAGAGGAAGUGCACAUUACUGUAAUGGAGAACCACAGGGAGUAGAAAACACGGCUGCAGUCAGAACUCGCCUCCUUAAAGGGAAGACGGCCAGGUUCAACAAAUAUUGUUUCACCCCCUGUGUCCUUGCUUUUUUAGAAGCUCUGAUAGAUCACAUAUCUGUCUGAAAGAACCUCACAGAUGUGAGCAGAUCUCAUGGUCGGCUCCUGGUUGCUCACAUCUGUUAAGUGCUUUCAGAUGGACAGGAAUGAAGUGACUUUGCUAAGGCCUUGGGGGAUGUGAGGAGGGUGGGUGGUUGAUUUAGGAUCAGGGUUUAUAAAAGGAAGAAGAGGGAGGUUGAAAGAACACAUCAUUGUCCUCUGACAUUGUGAAGAAACAUUACUUGAAGAUGAUUUUUAUGGCGUUAGCGUAGAUUGAAUUCCGUAAGAGAAGGAUUUCCUGCACUACACUCUCUCCCCUUUACACUAAAGAGAUUCCUGCUGCCUUGAUGAAACUUUUAACUUUAGAAAAAUGUUUUUAGAAGCUCUAAUUUCUCCUUUUUCAUGGUCAGUCUUUUGUCUCAGCUGGGGUUGACUAACUGUUUUGUUUACAUUUGUCGUCAUCUGACUUGUCUGAGGUGUUGCCAAAACUCAGUCAAUGGUCGUCACUUUGUCGUCACUCCAUGAACACUAAAAUGUUUCUCCUUUUAUUUUGUUUCUGCAAACACAAGACACCAUAAUUUAGAUAUUUAACCCUUAAAUGACUCAUACUGCUUGUACCACCUGUUGAGAUUAGUAAUAAUUACCCAUUAGUAAUAAGCAUUUAGUCAGUCAGCAGGUUAGCAUUAGUAAAGGAUAUAUCCAUCGUUCCACUGUAUCAUCAUCACACUAAAAGUGCUUUAGAUAUUCAGGCUUUUUCGCAGUAUUUGAUUUCCAUGUUCAAGGUGUGUGACCAUAUUAUCAUUUUUUUUAUGAAGUAUACAAGCCAGUGUAUCAGCAUAUGAAGGUUGCAGCUGAUUUAAUGUCCUUCUUGUAGAAUAAAACCAUAAACAGCAACUCGUCAGCACGAACAUUUUGUUUUUAAGUGAGCGAUGAUCAAAGCCACCGUAAUUCUGGACUCAUUGGAUCUGCAUUUCGAAGUUCAGAAUGCAUACUUGUUUUAAUUUCUUGCUAAAUGUGGUUUCAUUUCACUUAGUAAUAUGCCGUUUUUUUAAAAAGCUAAUAAACUCAUUAAAAAUG